AUGUUAGGCAAAAUAGUGACGAUUAUUUUUCUAAUUUUUCGUGUUUGUAAUGUAGAUGGAGAUGAAGAUUGUCCCACAAUCAUCAAACGAAGUCAAUGGGGUGGUAAAAAAGCAAGUAGUGUGAAUUACUUGAUUGUUCCUAUUCCUUAUGUUGUAAUUGUACAUACAGUUACUCCUGAAUGUAACACUAAGGCACAGUGUAGUACCAGAGUUGAAAGUAUUCGCUCUUACCAUAUGGAUAUUUUGCAAUGGCAUGACAUAGGAUAUUCCUUUUUAAUUGGUGGUGAUGGAACUGUAUAUGAGGGCUGUGGGUGGAAUCGAGAAGGAGCUCAUACAUUCGGAUAUAAUACAAAAUCUGUUGGUAUUGCCUUCAUAGGAAAUUUUCAAGACAAACUUGCAAGUGACAAAAUGCUUGAAGUAGCACAUAAAUUAAUUCUUUGUGGCAAAUCACAAGGAAUACUUAGGGACGAUGUUCGUGUAAUUGGAGCGCGACAAGUUGUAAGUACUACAAGUCCAGGAAAUGAACUUUUCGGACAAAUUCAAAACUGGCCUGAGUUUUACAGUGAUGUUUAA